AUGGGCAUCCGCGACUUCUUUGACGGUCGAUUUUUCGAUACCAGAUACAAGACCAAAAUCCACAUCGCGCAAGUCGCCCUAAUGGCACUGGCCAUCAUCCUCACCAUCUGGCGCAUGGCCAUGCCGGUCCCCUUCACUCGCGGCAACAUCAUGGCCCUUACAAUGGGUUUCAAGUCUCUUAUCAUUAUCGGCUACCAACUUCUGACGACUCAUAAGGAGCGCUUCAAGAAGUGGGCUUCGCUCAAAGCCAACGCUAUCCUCAAUACAAUGGAGAUUUUGUUCUGGUUCGUCGCCUUUGGUCUGUUGUGCCAGGCGAAUGGAAGGUUCUGCACUGGUGGAAGCUGUGCUCUCAGCUGGAUUGUGACUCUCAUCGUCAUGGUGUUGAUUGUCCUUGCCUUCCAGACAUCGGUCGUGUCCAUCAAGGACUACCGGUACUGGAAACACUUUGGCAUCAACCGAGAGACGGAGACUAAAGCAGCUUACCCGAGACCUCAAGUCUGA